GCACACCGCGCCCAGCUCGCUCAGCCCGCAGUACCGCACUCGGCACCGAGGCCCGCCCCGCCAGCACGCCAUGCAGAUCACCGCGCAGCACGCCGCCAAGAAGCAGGAGGCCGAGAAGGCCCCGGACGUCGCGGUCCCCCACACGGUGGUGCCCAUGCCGGCCGUGACCCCCAAGGCCGCCAUGGCCGCCCCGAGGGAGCGCGCCACCAUCACGCAGCAGACCGUCGUGCUGCUCUCCGUGCUGGCCAUCCUGGCCAUGGCGCUGUACCCCUUCAUCGUGCUGCGCCUCGCCAUCAUGGGCCGCAUCUUCGACGGCCUGGCCCCCAACGUCAAGCCCCAGGACCACAGCCCGUCGCCACACAUCACCGACGGGAGCUUCGACUUGCGGUCCGAUGGUGUAGUGAACCACACUGACCACCAGGUGCCGCCCUUCGCCGACGAGACUCCCAGUGUGGUUUCCAGCAGAGCUCCCGCCGGCGUCCUCGGUGAGGAAGUCAUCGCCGUCCCGAGUGAAGCCCCCGUCGGAAGCCCCAGCAAAACUCCCAGUGGAGUCUCCAGCAAAACUUCCAGCGGAGUCUCCGGAGGAAGUUCCAGCGAAGGCGUCAGAGGAAGUCGAGUCUCCAGCAAAGCCGCGAGUGACGACGGAGCGAGAGGCAGCCUGCUCGUCAGUCGAAUCGCGUCCUCCAUGCGUUAGACAGAGACAGACUCCAUCCGAGCAUUCUUUGAUCUCAUUGUACAUUUCAUUUCGUAGUGAUUCAGCGAAUUAACACUAUUUCUGUCUGAAAAGAAUCUCUUGGCAUGGUCGGCCGAACGAGGUUUGUGGUUUGUGGGCGAAUACGGGUACGCCGCUGACUCUAGCAGCAACGACUGAAAAAAUUGUGAUAUGACCUACCGCCACCCCUGUCUCUGCUUUGCUAGACCGACUCAUGUAUAGCUUUAAGUGUGUGGAUCGAACCGCGAUGUGUCCACAAUAUUGUAAAGUGUUAAAAGCGUUUUAAAACGCUGAACUGACUGAUAAUAAACAGAUUUAUGGAAA